GAACGUUGCCAUUUUCCACGCUUGUUAUGAUUUUUUUCAGCUUUUCUAGCUAGGGACCUAAUUGUUUAGUUUCAGAUUGAUGAUUGGAAGUUUUAUCAGGUAUUAAGAUUUGAGUUAGCUUUUAGGUUGCAACAAUAAUAUAAGAGAACCACAGUUAACCCACGCACACACACUCCUAGCGAUAUAUAUCCAGUUUGUUUUGAACUCUUGAUGUCUUCAUCUAGCAAGAAAAAUCGUGAUGGUGGUAAAAAGCCCAGUGUUUUCGAAAGAUUGGGAUCAAAACCGUCAUCGGUGACGGAGGACUAUUGUAAGCAAUGGGCUCACAAAGGUACUUGCUCCUAUUCAAAUAAGUGUAAAUUUCUCGAUACACACAAUAGUAAGAACUUUAAACCAGUAACCUCAUCUGGGAAAGAAGGCAGGAAGAAAAGUCGAAGCCGGAGCCCACCUAACCGGAAAGAUUUGGCCAGCAAUAAAUUCAAAGCUGGCACAAAACCGAGCUCUAAAUCAGCUGACAGUGGAGAGUGGGAGAAAUCACUUGAGCAUGAAGAUGAGAUGGCCUUAGAACGAAAACUACAAAUGCUGCAGAGAGAACUGGCAAAGCAGGAAGAACAGGAACAUAAAGGAAAAGCAAAGAAACCAGUAGCUAAGAAAAGAGAAAGAAGCUCAAGUUCUUCAUCAACUUCUAGUAGCUCCUCUUCAGAAACUUCUUCAGAAUCAUCAGAUUCAUCAUCAACAUCUAGUGUCACUUCCUCAAGCAGUUCUUCCUCCUCUUCAGAUUCUGAUGGCGAAGUGAAGGAGAAGAAAACCAAAAAGAAAGUGAAUCAGGUUACCAAAAGAAGUCAAAGUUCUUCUAGCAGGAAUCAGGGAGCCAAAGAAAAGGCCAAAGCCAAGGCCAGGAAAAUUGCUAAACUCUCCCCUGUUGGUCAAGUCACCAGAAAGAAGGAUCCUUCUUCUGCCAACAAGAAACAAAUCAGAAAUAAUGCCUCGCCCAAACGUCAGCAUGUUCCGAGCACCAGCGCAAAACAUUCACGAGAUUCUCCCACAUAUUCAACAAUGAUCCGCAGCCGUUCUCCGCGUGUCAAAGAUCCAGAACCUCCUAGCAGGGAUCGCAGGCAGCGACGAUCUCCCGAAUCUUCUCCUACCGAAGCAAAACGAAAAUUAACUACCCCAGUAGUUCGACGCAGAACUGAUGAUCAUUCGCCCCUGCGAGGUAGAUCACGUGAACGCAAGCCCGCAACAAGUAGCAGCACUUACGACGUGCGAGGGAAAGGCGAUAAGCCUCGCGACAGAUUGUUGGAACCAGGAUAUCUUGUCCGUCCCCGAUCACCAGUUCCGGUCUAUCGUGAACCUUAUCCAGUUCGUGAUCUCUCUCCAACCGGCUCGUCCUACAGGGAACGAGCACGAGCCGAGCCAUACGAGCCUCCAAGACGUGUUUAUAGUCCCCAACCUAUCUUGUCCAAACUUGAAAGAAAAGAGGAUUUGUAUGAUAGUAGACUUCGGCGACCGGCUUCUCCGGAACCAGUUAGACGGCCAAUUAGUGGCCGUGCAAAAGAUUACCCUGAUUACGAACAUGAUUGGCCAGCCUCUGAUCAAACCAAAAUCCCCGACUGGGAUCAUCCUGAAUUUCGACGACGCAAUCGACCUAUUGACGAUAUCAGUUGGAACAGAACCUUGAGCUCUACAGAAAUGUCAUGGAAGAAGUCAUAUUCACCACCGCCUCUAGGCAACCAUUCUUAUCCUGAGCAGAUCCAUUCAAACCGAAAUACGACGUGGGAUCCUUUAUCAAAAUCAUCUUCUAGAACGGAUGAUAACAAAAGAGAUCGGGAAAGGCGUAUCGGCGGAGAUGGCCGACGUUCGCGUGACUCAAACCGCCGAGUUGCUGAUCCCGUUGUCAAGCCUCCAACACCGGCAACUCGCACGGAGGAAUUGCGUUCACCGGUUGCGAGUGAACCACCUACUGCUAUUGUCGCACCGAAGGUAGAAGAAAUAGAAGAAACUCGGCCGUCUUCGUCUGCUGUAGAAGUAGAAGCCGAAGAAAAUUUCAGCGAUUUCAGUGAUGAUGUUGACGAAAUUCUCAAUCGUGAUCUUCAGGAUACUGAAAGUGUGAAAACGGAAGAAGCCGUGCCGGUGGAGCCGGAGUCCGAACCAGUAAAAACCCCAACCGAAAUAGAAUUGAAUGUAAACGUAGAACCAGUUGUUCAAGUACUCGACAUUCAGCCUUCGCCAAAAAUGGUGUCUCCUGUUGUCUCGGCCAUUGAGAGUCGUAGUACGGACGAAGAUUUGCUAGGCGGGAUGGAUAUCGAACAAAUCUCUGACGAAGAACUCGAGGAUGAGGCUAGAAGCGCCCCUAUAGAUGCCCUUGAAGUCGACUGGACAAGUUUGGCGUGCAAACGGGAGAAGAAAGUAGAAUCUGGAGCUGCCAGAGCACGCCAGCGUUGGGAGGGUAAAGCUGUCUUAGCUCGUCUAGGAAUUACUUCUAGAGAGGCUCAGUCGCCGACGUCGACAAAUGUUGUGGUAGACAGGAAACCCUUGUUCGACUGCUCAACACUUUUUCGACGUGCCCUUUCUGCUCGAAUGGAUCUCUCUUUCAGGAGGAGUCUGUGCAAUUUACCUGUCCGCGAGUUAGUGAUCGAAUAUUGCGAUGACGAUUUGAGCUUAUACAAAUCAUCUGUUGAUUUGUUGUUGAAGGAUCGCGUAUUAGCUAAUUAGGAUCGUC